AUGGGUGAAUAUACUGCUCGGCACUAUAUGGAAAUGGUGAUGUUGUACGGCGAACACGGCUACAAUGCUCACCAAGCAGCUAUCGCGUUUAGGCAGAGGCACCCUGAACUUCGUCCGAACCAUAAUACCAUUCUCAGAACCAUCCAAAGAGGAAAUGAGAAUGGUAAUUUGGUCCCGGACAACAGGAACAGGGUGGGUGCACCUCGGACAGCGAGAAACCCUGCGAAUGAGGAGAGGAUUCUCCGCUAUAUAAAUCAGCACCCGACGCACAGCAUACGACAAAUGGUGCGUGCCCUGCGGCUCAGCUACUGGACAGUUCAACAGACCUUAAGAGGCGACGGUUUACACGCUUACCACUACCGCCAAGUUCAAGCCCUCCACGAAGGUGAUAACGAGAGGAGAAUGGCAUAUUGCCGGUGGCUUGUCGCUCAACACGAGCAGGACCCGACAUUUAGGGACAGGAUCCUCUACACGGAUGAGGCCACGUUCCCAAGAAGUGGAACUUUUAAUUAUCACAACAACCACGAGUGGAGGCACGAAAAUCCACAUCUUGCGAUACGUGUCCGACACCAGAGGAGAAUGUCCCUAAAUGUCUGGUGUGGUGUUGUAGGAGAUCGUCUUAUUGGUCCUUUCUUUUUUGAUGGUCAUUUAAAUCGUCGCAUGUAUGCACAUUUUAUAAGCCAUGAAUUGCGUAGAUUGUUGCAAGAGGCUGGACUUACGCAAGAGGAGAUUGAUAGAAUUUAUCAUCAGCAAGAUGGUGCUCCACCUCAUAGGCCGGAGGAAGUUCUCAACGAAAUUCGAGAAAUUUUUGGUGAACGUAUUAUCGCUUUGGGUGCUGAGCGAGAGUGGCCACCGCGGUCCCCAGACUUGAAUGUUUUAGAUUUUCAUGUCUGGGGACAAGUAAAGGAUUAUGUGUACCGGGUAGAGAUUGAGACAAUGGAGCAGUUGCGUACUCGAAUUCUGGAUGGUUUCGCAACAAUCACACCGGAAAUGUUGCGUCAUUCAACUCAAAGCGUUAUCCGACGCGCGAUGUGUUGUAUCGAGCACAAUGGUGGAAAUUUUGAACAAUUUUUAUAA